UAUUCUGUGCUUAGCUCUUUCCUCCUUUUAUAAGAACCCUACCACCGUGUGGUCAGCCCCUUCCUUUUUUAGAAUCUUAAUUUGAAUUUUAUCAUUCAUGACUUCUGUUUCACUGAACCCCAACCCCCCAUGCCCUACGAUACAAGAUCAAAGUCAACUCUUCAUUUCUGCGAAUAAUCACGAAUCAACUUCUCUCUCAUGUUGCACCUUCUUUCACAUACUCGAUCAAAGCCAAACCAAAGAUAUCAGAGAUUUAAGACAUGGUCAUCAACAGGAUGGGAAGCUUGUAUUUCAUAUUGGACCAUCAAACAACAACAACCAAGUGUGCAAUUCAUCCUCCGUUAAACUUCAACCUAAGCCCGUUAAGGCAGAUUCAAGCAGCGAGUGUGGCCACCAUAACGUUUCCUUGUACAAAAUAGAGGACGAAGAGAACAAAAGAGAUCAUGAUUAUGAAAAAUGGAUGUCUUCAACUGCGAGGUUAACGAGAAAAAUGAUGAGGCUACCUAGCACUAGCAGCGAUCUGGCCACAAAGAAAGCAUUGAAUAAUAUUACAAGGGUUUGUGCGGAUUGCAACACAACCAGUACCCCACUCUGGAGGAGUGGUCCUAAUGGUCCUAAGUCACUUUGCAAUGCCUGCGGCAUUCGACAGAGGAAGGCAAGAAGGGCAAUGGCAGAAGCUGUAAAUGGUUUUGCUCCUUCCGUGAAUUCAUCUUCUACAAAGAUCAGAGUGCAUCACAAGGAAAAGAAGUCUCGUACAAACCAUUUUGCACGGUUCAGGCUUAAGUGCAAGUUGGCAACUACUAGUACUGCUGAAGGAACAUCUCAGCAGGAGAACGUGAAGAUUGAUUUGAACGAUUUUGGUUUGAGUUUGAGGGAUAGUUCGGCUUUGAAGCAGCAAGUGUUUCCAAUAAUGGAUGAAGUAGCUCAGGCAGCGAUGCUUCUCAUGGAUUUAUCUUGCGGCUUUGUUUACUGUUAAGAAGGAAUGUUUCUUCCAUGGAUUUUCCACUCAUUUAAUAAUAGAAACAAAGGGAUAUGUAA